CGAGAAGCCACUCAAACGCGACGGAGGAGCUCGCUGGUUUGGGAGAUAUUGGCAUUUCUUGUCUCUUUUUUUUGGCUCUUGUUCUUAUUGCUUUUUCCCGCUACCACCCCAUUCCCGUCCCUCAUUCGCGGGGAAAACUUUUCCUACUGCUCGAAGCAUGGCCGAUUCCGUCUUGUUUAACAAUUGCAUCGAUGGCUUGGAUCAGCAUCUCCGAGGGAAGGGGAAGCUGGACGCUGCGAGCGGAGCGCUGCAGAGCGGCGGCGGCAGCAAGCUGGCCGGGCUGUGCGAGGAGCGCUGUGACAGCGGCAUCGGCUCUAUGAAUGAGAGGGAUGAGGAGGUGCUGCGGGAAAUCAGGGAACUCAGCCUGACCGACAAGCCCGAGGCAGCCCAGUCUUGGAAAGACUUCGUCUCGGAGGAUGGAGACACGUUUCUGCAUCUGGCGAUCAUCCACACUGCAAAGGAUGUUGUGUUCCAGAUCCUUAAAAAUACCCAGGAUGGGGAUCCGUAUCUUCACCGCCAGAAUAACCUGAAACAGAGUGCCAUGCAUCUGGCAGUGAUCACGCAACAGACUGAUGUGCUGCAGGCUUUGCUUUGGGCUGGAGGAGACCUGGGAUCGAGGGACAUUAAUGGAAACUCACCUCUGCACAUUGCUUCUGAGACGAAUCUGUUCGCUUGUGUACAAAUCAUCAACGAAUCCUGCACAAGGCAUGAUAUCCGAAGCCUCCUGGAUAGCAAGAACUACAAUGGUCUUACAUGUUUGCAUUUGGCAGUGAAAAACAGACUUCCUGAUAUGGUGAAAUAUUUAAUUCAGCUAGGAGCUGAUAUUAAUGCUCAGGAACCAUCCAGUGGUAGGACUGCGCUUCAUCUUGCAGUGGAGGAGCAGGAUGCUGAAAUGGUGUCAUUGUUGGUGCGGUGUGGAGCAGAUCCCAAUGUCCUGAUGUACAAUGACUGUACACCAUACCACCUGACCUUGGGAAGGGAUAAUUUGAGAAUCCAGAAGGAACUUAUUAAUGUGACAGAUCCAUCCUUACAGAUUUUGUAUGAAGAUAAUCAGAUGUGGGAUUAUGAAUCAUGUGACUGGGAGGUUCCUUUCUCAUAUGAUGACUGCAUAAUUGGGGGACAGCCACUUGGGUACUGAAGAUGAUCCCUUUACACAUUGCUACUCUGAACUUUCUGUACUUCAAUUCAUCUAGAGAGUUGGAGAUGUGUAUUGAAGCAUGGUUACCCAAUCAUCUAAUUUGAUGAGAAACAUCAAUGACAGACACUAAUAUUUUCAAGUCAUGCAGCUGGGUGCCCAUGUAUCUUAAAUAAUUGUUAAUGUAAUUAAAGAAUUAUCCAGAAGCAGAGAAUGUGAUGUUGUAAGUUAUAGAUGUAGAAUGAGAUCUUCCAGUAUAAAGGGAUAUACUGAAUGCACUGUAUUCUCAAUUACAUGCAAUAGAUGACUGAAAUAUGUAAAUCUUCCUAUAAUUGAGAUAUUGUGCAUAUUUGUAAUGUAUAAAAACUGUAAAUAUGUAAAGUACUGUAAAUACUGUACAUUUUCUACUUGCGAGAAUAUUUGAUACAGCCCUUUGUUAUUUAUUUUUGUCAAAUAAAGAAUAUGAAAAGUUUAAA